AUGAAAAAUUCUACAAGGAUCAAUCCCAAUGAGGGGUGGAAGAUAUCUAAGCUUCUAAGUGAACUACAAAGAGUCCAUAGAGAUGAUGUUAGCGUUUAUACUUCAGGACACCUGAAUCCCAGUAAGCUCUAUAAUCCCAUUAAGCACACUAGUUUUUGGACUGGUGCCAUUGGGCCACUCAGAAAAAAGACUGUAUUGAAAAAUCCAUUCGAAGAUACAUCAGCAAAGAUGCAAGAUGCUUUGUCUGAAUUUACCAUUAAUACUGCUCUGGUCUCAGAAGCUGCUGAACAUCCUGGAUUCUUGAAGAUUUUGCACCCUCAGCUACAAGGCAGUUCACUUCCUUCCCUUCCAACAUCUGAUGUAGCACUCGAAGAAAAACUGAAAGAAGAGAGAAAGAAGUUACAGACUGAAAUGUUUGAAAAAGACCUCAAAUUGCCAGAGCUCCGACUGCUUAAGUAUAAACAGGUCAAAAAUAGUCGCCAGUGUUAUAAUGCUCCUCUUCUCAAAGAUGAAUACCAAUUUAUUAGCACCUAUUUGUCUGGUGUGACUAAAAAGGACAAGUUGGCUAAGUUUAUGCAAUUUCAAAAGGAUGUGAUUGCAAAGCAAGAUCUCCUAGAAAGUGAUUUCACUGGAUGCAAGGUUGCUUUAGAUCAUGAAAAGAAGUUGGAACAGGAACUGCAAAAAAUGCAAGCUAAUCUUCCUCCCCAACUUAACAGACUGAAGGUGUUUGGGCAAACUUUUGAGGACGUUUGUAAUAGCUCUCUUCUUUUUGGUGACCUCUUGAAAGAAGUGAAGAAUGAAUAUGAACUCUACGUAACAAUUCUUAUGAAUUCCCAGUCUUCCUCCCAGUACAAGAAUUUGAUGUCUCAAGUAAAGGGCAUGGAAAAGAGAAGCACGCUGACUGCAGAUAUAGAAGAAGCCAGAAAAGAAGUACAGAGGCUCGUGAAGGUAGCCAGAGAGUCUUUGGAAACAAAUGAGCAGCUCCGAGAUGAAUUGAAAGCAGAAGAGUUACUUGACCAAACUUCUGCCACCAUGGAAGAGCCAUCUGUUGAAGCAGUUGAAGAAAAACUACUUACUUUGGCUGAAAAGGUUGAAGAAAAGAGAUGCCAGAUUCUUAAUAAAUGGGAUGAAAUCUAUGCUCUUGAAAAACACAUUAAGACUGACUUGGUUCAUAAUGAGAUUGCAAAUAUUGCUGAGAGUAGCUGUAAGAGCAUAGAGACUGAAGCUAUUAAGUUGGAGACAAUUAAUGGAAUUUUAAAGAAAAAAAUAAUGGACUCUGAAAUAAGAAUCAAAGAAAACCUUGACAAGCAUAAAAUAAUCCGGGAAGAACAGCAGUAA